AUGGAUUCAUCGAGCGAUUCAGCAGCACUGUUAAAAGCUACUGGUAUCAUUGGUAUAUCAUUCGUUGCUUGUUGUUUAUUACUCUGUUGCACCGGAUACAUAAUCGCAAAGAAAAAAAACAAACAAAACCAAAUUCAUCGUACAAGUCUCCAUCAUCAUCAUCAUUUCCCAACACCGUCGCCGGUUUUCUCAAUUGACGUACCCACUCCUGAUAUUCCUGAAUCGUCACCUGAUUAUCAUUUUGAUUCACCACCACCAGCAUAUGAAGUCAAACAAGAUUCAUUACCAGUCGCAGAAAAUGAUUCUACCGUUCGAACAUCUCUUGAUCCAACUUGA